UGACGUCACUAAAACCAGGUAGUCACUGUCAAUCAACCCUUCCGUCCAACUACAUUCACUCAUAACGGCUCGAGCUUCCGCGCCCAAGCGCCGUCGUCAUGGUGCGGCUCGUAGAGUACCCAGAGAGCUCAGACGACGAGCGCGACGUGCAGUCCGACGAAGGUAGCCAGUGGUCUUCCUAUGGAGAGGUCCCUUCGAGCCCCACGGACUCGUUCUCGUGCCCCAUGCAGUCUCCAGAGAGCGACGAGGACGAGGACGAAGACUACGCGCCGUCCGAGACGUCGUUGGGUGAUGCAGGCUCUGUCACGAGCUCCGUGGACACAGACGACUUGGAUCCAGACAACGAGAUGGACGUGCAGCAGUCGGAUUCCAAGAUGGACACUUUGGACGGGACAGAGGAGGAUGAGGUCAUUGACUUGACCCAACAGGACAAGAACAACGGAGUUUUCUAUGCGUGGAAGGACCUUAAAGCGGCUUUCGACGACAAUCCGUUCAAGCGACGCAAUGUGGAGACAGAGGAAGAUGGAGAAGCAGAUGAAGAGGGAGAGGAGCAGCAGACGGAGGCUGAGGGUACAAAGAAGGCCAAUUUGUUCGACGUGGACGCAGGACAGUGGAGUUUCCACGCGGGUUUUGAGCCUGGAGUGGCGGACAAGAAGCCAGCGAGGAGACGAGCGUCUGCAACUCAGCACCGCCCCACGGGAGUGUCGCCGAGGUUCUCGACGUUGUUUACUGAGGACAAGAAUAUGAAUACUGCACAGAGCAAUACGAGUGCAGAUUUUUCGAUGGAUAGUUCGGUUGAGAAACAGGAUAAAGUUUCUGAAGAUAAACCAGAGCCAGCGUUUAGCUUCCCGACGGUGGAGAUUCCAGUGCCCAAGACACCGAGUUUUACAUUUGGAAAGACAGGAUCGACUACGUUUAAUGACGAUACGCACAUGCGCAGUCCUAGUCCACGGCAUUCUGCUAGCACACCUUUUGUGCCGGUUGAUGGUGGAUUUACUAUUGGGCAAAGCGGAAAGCCUCCGAAACCCUAUAACUUUGCUGGUCACGGUGCAGACAAAUUCUCUUCGAAGGCACCACCACCGAUAAAGAUCGUGGAUAAUGGAAUCGACACUCAUAUGAAGAGUCCAGGUCCACAAGUUAAGCCUGCGAAUCGAACGCCGAAUGGGGAGUUUCUGUUUGGACAAGGGUACAAGAAUCGAAACCCGUUUACCUUGUCACGACAAAACAGCAGCGAAUCUGUUCGCGCGUCUGGGUCGCCUUCAACUACAGCAACAGGAUCUUCAUGGGGAUCAAGUGCUCCCAUUGGUGGCGCUUCGGCUGGAAGGUUCGGCCCCAAUAAGGAACCCAGUGCUGCUUCUGCGAUCUUCACGACUGGCGUAGCUGGACCAAGCUCGCAACAGCGGCAUUCUGAUCGACGGAAGAAAAAAUCAAGCGCAGGAUCAGCUUUUGUGCCUCAGCCAAAAAGCGGCACGAACUCGUCGCCUUUCGGUGUCUCGUCAUCAAUUCCUACGUUUGGAUCGUCGUCUUUUCAAGCUGCAACAGCCACUCGCGAUCGACCAAAUGCAUCGAGCAUAUUCGGGACUAUGUCACAUACACAAACAAGCGAGACGACCUCAGCGAUGCCGUCGAAGCAGUCAUCCACAAGCAAUACUGGCGCGUCGUACGUAUUUGGGAGCGCACAAGCUAACCCGUUUCAGACACCUGGUUCCUCUCCAUUCCGGACUGGCAGUUUUGGCUCGACCAGCAGCUCGACGACGGCAAACACUGACACGAGCGAACAGAUUUUGUUUGGUAACGGUACUUCACGCCACCCAUUUCAAUUUGGGGAAGCCACGACCAACUCGCAGACAGAAGCAACCGCGUCUCCUUUUACCGGAUUACAUGGCAGUGGUUCAACUUUGACGUUUGAUGGCUUCCAGAUUGGUAGCUCAAACACAAAAAAGAAUUCACGAGUCCGCCCCAGGAAAAGCGGAAUGUUCACAAACAAGAACAGUCCAAGAAAGGAUGCCAAGCUUGGUGCAACUGAGCCAGAACCAUCGCCUGGGCUUGCUUCCUCGUCUCCAACUACACCAUCUCCGUUCGGUAUGCACCAGAGACGCAGCCGCAAGAAUGCUCGUCUUCGGCGUCAUGGACGCAGUCCUCCUGCAGAUCCGUUUGUGACGCCUACUUUCCAGAGCCACUCGACGUCAUCGCCGUUUGUAUCAGCUGAUGCUGUGAGACCUACCGCUAAGAAAAGUGAAGCUCCGACUGCAAGUACUAACCCUUUUGCCGCUUUCCAGACACAGCAGAACAAAAGCAGCGAUCAAAAUCCAAGUCAGUCAAAUGAAUCAUCUCAACCAGUCAAAGCUGCUGAACGGACAGCUCGUCCUGCUUUCGCUGGAUCACGUCGUAUCCUUCGUGCAGCACUUCGUAACGUUGGAGCUCGUGGGGACCGUGCGCGAUCAGCUCCGCCCACAACGAGCAACCAUGUCGAGGGUGACGCUGAGAUGGAUAGCGAAGAUGAGCGUGACUGGGAGGAGCUCAAGCGUUUUGGUGGUGUGGCUCACUGCUCUAGGAAAUACCAAGAGGCUGCAGAGUAUUACCGCCAGAGUAUCGAGGUCCUCGACUCGCUUCUGUAUCAUGGCGCGAUUGAGGACUCGACCGAGAUCCGAACUGACAAGGCCAAGCUCCACGCGAAUCGAGCGGCAUCUCUGAUGAUGCUGAUGCAGAUCACUGAAGCUCAGCAAGAAUGUCGACGGUCGAUUGAAGUGGAUGCAACUUAUGCACGAGCGUAUCUGCGCUUGGGUCGAAUCCAAGUGCUACUGGGCGAUACUGCCCAUGCUCAAGCGAACCUGGACACUGCGAGGCAGUUGAUGGAAGGACAGGGAGGUCACGUUCGAACAGGUGAUCAAACAGACCAUGCUUCGCUUACCAAGAUGGAAGAGACGAUCAAGAAGUUGACGGCGUUACAAGGGGAAAUCAAGUGGUAUGUUGACUCCGGCGACUUCAAACAGGCCCUCGCACACACCGACAGUGCUCUAAUUCUCGCGCCAAGUAGCCGGAAGCUGCAGGUCCAGAAGGGCCGAAUCCUACUUCACCAAAGGGAUUUCGAUCAAGUUGUUGAGUUUUGUGACUCUAUUAUCGAGAAGCAGCAAGCAAGUCAACGGAAAGCGUCAAAACCCGUGGGUAGAGACGGAAUGAGCGUCAAGACGCUGAAAGAUCAAACGGUGGAGAAGAUUACAGUUCUCGGUAUUGACCUGGGACUGUUGUGGGCAUCUUCGCUGCAUUACCAGAAUAAAGUCGAAGGCGCAGUGCGGAUACUUAACGCUCUUGAAGCUGUGGCACCUUGCAGCUCUCACGUGAUUCAAUUGAAGCGACAGUGGCAAGAGAUGAAGCAACUCAAGCACAACGGCAAUGAACGGUUCAAGCGAGGAGAAUUCCAAGAAGCAGUGCGCUUUUACUCAGAGGCGGUGCAGAUCGACCCACAGCAUCAUGAGUUCUGCGCGAUUAUUUACUGCAAUCGUGCAGCAGCUCAGAUGGGACUGGAACGGUAUCACACUGCGAUCCUCGACUGUAACGAAGCAUUGCAACGGAAGCCAAACUACCCGCGUGCGCUGCUCCGUAGAGCUCGCUGUCAUGUAGCGUUGGAAAUGUAUCAUGAAGCUGUUAAGGACUUUGAUCGAUAUCUGCGCGAACAACCGCGCGACAAGCCUGCUGACGCCACUCUGGACGUUCGACGUGAGCGGAACGAGGCGAAGGCAGCGAUCGCUAAAGCUCGAGAAGAAGCCAGACAGCGAGAGGCGGCGAGGAAGCGCGCAGAGCGGGAACAACGUCAGAGACGCCAACGCCGCUGGGAAGAACCGUCGUGGACUGACAGCAACUUCUUCGAGAAUUUCCGACGUAACAAUAGUAGCAAUGGCUACGGAAGCAGCAGACACCAAUCGUCUGGUGGAAGUCGGGCGUCGUUCAUGGCGCCAAAGACCCAAAGACGCACACACUACGACGUUCUGGGGAUUGAAAAGGCUGCAACGACCGACCAGAUCAAGAAGGCGUAUCGCAAGCUGGCUCUAGUGUAUCAUCCAGGUAAGUUAUUUGUUACUGGUGGGUUUGUGGUGGAGUGAUCAGUAACCGUUUGGUUGUUAUGCAGAUAAAGCGAAGACGUCCACACACGCGGAUUUGUUCAAGGAGAUGACAGCCGCGUACAAUGUGCUUUCCGACGAAAGCGCACGCUCCAAGUACGACCGAGAGCUCAUGUACAACAGGUUUGGCAACUUCUACGAGAAUUAAGUGUUCUGUCGAAAAGCACAGCAGCAUUCAACUAGCAGAAUGCGAUGACUUAUUAUUCAAAAAGACCUGCUCGGUGGUUGAAAGGACGACAUUAGGAAUAAUCUUACGAGUUUCCCGAUCCGUCACUGCCAAGACCUUUAACUUGACCAGCUAAACAACGAGUCGCUGUCUCCAUCUUGUAGCAAAGGUGCUUGACUCGAUACGAAGCUGAUCGCUGCGGUCCGAACACUAUCGGUGCGCUAUAGAAAUGGUGACAUCACCAAAGAGGACGUCAGCUUCAAGAAGACAGAAAAACACCCAGCGAUAUCGUUCUCAAUGCCAUACACGUUAGAAUGAACUUAUGUCUACUGUAGUGUAAGUAGUCAUUGUACUUAAAAGUAGUGAGUCCCAACUGAUCUUCACUCG